AUGCGAAAAUUGGAAUGGGCUAACAUGGGAGUGAAGGUUGAUGGUCGGCAGCUACACCAUUUGCGCUUUGUUGAUGACAUCGUACUGAUAACACCUAGCAUUAGCCAAGCGGAACGAAUGCUGACUGAAUUCGACGAAAUAUGUGGAUGCACUGGUCUUCAGUUGAAUUUGCAAAAGACGAUGUUCAUGCACUACGGAUGGGUCUCGGAUGCCCCAUUCACGCUCAAUGGAACGAACAUAUCCGAAUGCACCAGCUACGUUUAUCUAGGUCGGGAAUUGAACAUGAUGAACGACAUGACCCCCGAACUGGGCAAGAGGAGAAGAGCGGCUUGGUGA